UACAAAUUACAUGUGCUCAAAACAAACUCUGUCUGAAGCCGGAAACAGCUGAGAACUUUUUUAUAAUGCUCGCAUCACUUUUAAAUUUUCACAUUCGCUUUAGCGGAAAUGCCAUUGACAUAUCGGACUUUAUAAACGAAAGUUGUCGACAAGAAAUACACGCGUUUGUCCACGGUAAGAGUUAUGUAAAUGAAGAUACCAUCACCAUCUGCAAAACAAAACUUAUUCUUAAGACAAUGGUGAAAUAUGAAUUUCAUCCCGACUAUUCUACUGCAAGACAUAUUCUGUCACGCUUGGGCCCGUAUGUGCAGCAAUUUGAGCUUGUGUAUUUAGAAAAAGAAAUCAUUCAGGAUAUUUUAGAGGCACUUUUUAGUACCCAACACAGAAACAUAAACGCUCUUGUAUUCCAUGGACUCAAAUUCAAGAAGUUUACCAAGGCUAAUUUAUUUUAUACAAGUUACAUCCCAAGCAUAACGUUUCAUGACUGUAAAUUUUCUCGACAAUCCCUCCAAGUACUAUCAACUCGCUUUACAAAGUUAGACACCGUUCAUUUCAAAGGCUGUCGUUUUGAUAAAUAUUUUGAUUAUCCUUGGGUCAAUAUUAUUAUGCCAUUGACUGAUAUCCACACUCUCUGUAUAUCGUAUCAUGUUCCAUUUAGUGCCACGGCUAGAGAAAAUAUGAAUGAAUUAAGAUGGCACAAUGAUGGUUAUGAGAUGAUAGAAAAUCCACGCACUUUUCCUUUGGUUUCAAUCACAUUGACAGAAGAAGGUAUUACAAGAUAUUAUUAUACAAGAGACGAAGAAAAUCCCGUGGUCGUGGAGACAUCAGAAACACAAUUUCAUUUACUCGCAAAAAUGGUCCCGACUAGAGCCUUUUUUAAAGUCAUAAAGAUCUCCGUUAAAUCGAUCCAGAUACUUUCGUUAAAAUUAAGCAGUGACCGAUCAAAAGAUAUUCAAAUGAUUUUUUGACAUCCAAAAAUCCUUCAACGCUGUAUUUGAAUAAUGUAAUUAUAUA